GCCCCAUUGAACACACACGGGAGGAGCUCGUGGCACAUCCACAUGGUUGUUGUUUAUUGUUGUCAAUUUAUAGGGUAGUUAAUAGUUUUGUUAUGUUAUAGUAUUAUCUCUUCAAUUUUCUUUUUGUUAGCUCUUGUGUAUUGUGCCCCGUUACCAACUUACAAUGUUUUAAUUUUUAGGUUAGCGAAAAAGAUGGGCAUUACUAAACAAUAUUUGAGAUAUGUACCUGCUGGAAACUUCAACAUUAUUGCAAGUAGUAACUGUAAUGUAGUGUUUGUUGUCAUUGACAAUGAGGGUGGAAGAUUUCUUGCUGCUGGCGCAUCAGAAGAUAUUGUUGUUUGGGACUUACGACUCAGUGAAAAGAGAUUGGUAAUUCCGGGAGAGAAGCAUGAAGUCACACAGUUAGCUGCUAGCCCCAACAAAGUCUUACUCGCUGCAGGUUAUAGUGAUGGGUCUGUCAGAACAUAUGACCUUAACAGCACAGAUAACCUCGGCGUGUUCUCUGGGCAUCGAUCUGCUGUCACCUGCUUUGCAUUUGACCAUCAUGGUCACAGGCUGGCCUCUGGUGCAAAGGACACAGAAAUUGUAGUGUGGGAUUUGGUUGCGGAAAGGGGAAUUGUGAGGCUUAGUGGACACAAAGGUGUAGUCACUCAGGUUCAAUUCUUGGGUGACAAGGACAUCUUGGUCUCUGCAUCUAAGGACACAUUUAUCAAAUUAUGGGAUAUUGCUACUGGCCACUGCUUCAAGACUAUCGAUGGGCACAUACAUGAGGUUUGGGGACUUUGCCUUGUGCGGGAAAAUGACUUCAUCGUCAGCGGAAGUGCAGACAACCAGUUGCGGGUCUGGCAGGUGUCUGAAGCCAAAGGAGGAGAUGACCAGUCUGAGAAAGAGAAUCAGAUUCUGGUCGGGGAAGAUGACUGUACUAGUAGAUUGUCUCCUGUGGUCUGCACCAAGUCUGGUUCCAUCCUGAGAACAGGAAAAGAUCGAGUGGUCUCUCUUAGAACUGAUCCAGACUGUACCAUCCUGGCAGUUCAUGGCACCAAGAACACUGUGGAGUUAUUCCAGUUCCUAACCAAGGAAGAAGCCAAUCACAAACACAAAAAGAGACGCCAGAGGGAACGGAAGAAGGCAGCUAAGCUGGGCAAGGAGGUGACAGAGGGGGAAGACAAACAAGUGAAUCUCGAAGACACUGUGAGGAGGCUGCCUCUCAUAAAGUGUUCUGCCAAGCCCAAAUCAGUUCAUCUUGUGGUGGGAAAGGGCUCUCAGCUCAGGGUUGCAGUGAGCCUGAAUAAUAACACCAUUGAAUUGUACACACUGGAUGUGUCAAAUACUAAUAAUGUCGCACAUGCGGAGGUGACUUUUCUGCGCAGCAUCUCCACACAUGGGCACCACUCAGAGGUGCGCAGUGUGGCGUUCAGCUCUGACAACUUGGCCAUUGUGUCCGGCAGUGGUGACCAGGUCAAGAUGUGGAACAGGCCGUCACUGGCCUGUCUACACACUGUAGACACCAGCUACGUGUUGUCAGUCAUGUUUGUGCCAGGAGACAGACAUGUCUUGGCUGGCUGCAAAGAUGGGCAACUCCUCAUCAUCGACAUCGCAGUUGGGGACAUUCUGGAGAACAUUCCUGCUCACACAUCAGAACUGUGGUCCAUCUGUCAUCUACCUGAUCAGACAGGGGUUGUGACGGGUGGAGGAGAUAAUACUGUCAAGUUCUGGCAGUUGGAGUUAGUGCCAGAUACCGUGACCAACACCAGAGCCAAGGUGCUCAGCUUGCUACAUACUCGCACACUGCAAGUUGAUGAACCCGUGCUGUGUGUCCGUGUAUCAGCUAACUCCAAACUGAUAGCAGUCGCACUUCUGGACUCCACUGUCAAGAUCUUCUUUAUGGACACUCUCAAGUUCUUCUUGUCGCUGUACGGACAUAAGCUGCCGGUGCUGUGUAUGGACAUCUCAUCCGACUGUACCAUGAUAGCUACAGGCAGUGCUGAUCGCAACAUCAAGAUCUGGGGCCUCGAUUUUGGUGACUGUCAUAAGUCCAUAUUUGCACAUGAUGACUCUGUGACAGGCCUAGCCUUUGUGCCGGACACCCACUACUUCUUCACUACAGGCAAGGACGGCAAGGUCAAAGAGUGGGACGCUGACAACUUCCAGAAGAUCAUCACUCUGGAGGGUCACCAUGGAGAGGCGUGGGGGCUGGCAGUGAGUUCAAACGGCCAGUAUGUGGUGUCGUGUGGACAGGACCGGGUGCUGCGUAUGUACGAGCGGACCACAGAGCCACUGGUACUGGAUGAUGAACGUGAGGCUGAACUUGAAGCAGAAGAAGAGAAUCUUGCCACUGGUCCUGACAGAGUUACGGCAACCAACCUCAACCUGGCUUCACGUAAAACUGUUACUGCUGAGAAAGCUGCUGAGCUCCUGUUGGAGUGCCUGGAAGUGGGGGGAGAGUAUCGCAUGGCAGUUGCAGACAGUGAGAGAGCAGGACAACCCCCUCCUACUGUGCCUGCCAUCAUGGCCGCCUUCAAAGCUAAGUCAGCUGACGACUAUCUCAUGGAGGUUAUAAAGAGGAUAAAGGCCAGUGACCUGGAGGAUACACUGCUGUUACUGCCGUACACGUCAGUGUGUGAGCUGCUGCCCUUGCUGAUUCCACUUCUACAACAGUUGCACUGUGACAUCAUCUGUCGUUUAGUGGUGUUCCUGUUGAAAGCUUAUCAUCGACCCCUCUCUGCCUCCCCCCAACUGCAACCCCUCAUCGCAGAGCUCUCCCGUCUUGCUUUAGCUCGAACGUCUGAACUUAGGGACUUAAUAGGAACAAAUUACCAUGGUAUGUUGUUCUUGCAACGUGAAAUGGAGGCCAGGGAAGGAGUUCAUCUCUUUAAAGAUGCUACAGUUGAACGAAAAGAAAGGGAAAGGAAGAAAAGAAGAAGAGAAAAAAUAACUCAGAGAGCUGUUUUAACCUUAUAGUUUUAUAUGUAAAUAAAUUAUUAUGUUUAUA